UCCAAUUCCACAAGUGGGCAUUUGGAGGCGUGUGUGUGCGUGUUUGCAUGGGAGGUGGUGUUCUUCUUACUCCCCUCAGUCACUAGCCGUGCAGCAGAAGACCAACGCCAAACAGCAGAUCAACAGCAACACUCCUUAACAGGCAGCGAGAUGAAGAGUUUGCUUUGCGUCACUGUUAUACUUUGUGUCUUUGUCUUCCACGUCAGCGAGGCCAGAGUCAUUCCAGAGGGGGUGCCGUACGAUGAACCCCCAGCUGUCCCGUACUGGCCAUACUCCACCUCGGACUUCUGGAACUAUGUGGAGUACUUCAGGUCCAUUGGGGCCUACAACCACAUCAACGAGAUGGCGCGGGCGUUCUUUGCCCACCAGCAACUGGGGGACACCCUGGGCUACGACAGCAUCGCCGGACAUGAGCACUGAGGGGCCAAGAUGGACUGGGAGACCCGAGAAGUUUUAGAAAAAGGCAAAGAAAUUACUAAAGUAAUUGUAGCACAGCCAUACUUGUAUAGAGAGAUGUAGGUUUUACUGUAGUUAUAGUAGCAUUUUUUUGCAUGACGCUUUCAUGUAAUUAAUUUAAAAUAAAUCCACGGUGUUUCAA